AUGGAAGAGGAGUACACGCGUAUCGCGGACAUCAUUCGCCACCGGGCCAGAACCCAUGGUAAGAAGCGAUAUCUCGUCGCCAUCGCCGGCGUGCCCGGCUCUGGCAAAACAACAACAGCAACUGCCAUUGCACGGCGUUUGAAUUCAGGGCAAACCCCUAUCCAGACUGAGCUGGUCUCGAUGGAUGGCUUCCACCUGUCGCGGGCGACACUGGACCAGCUCCCGAAUCGAGAAGAGGCAUAUAUCCGGCGUGGAGCGCCGUGGACCUUUGAUGCUGCCCGAUUCGUUGCCUUCGUUCACCAAUUACGGCAGUGGACAGAUACAUUCUCUGACGAAACGAUCUAUGCGCCUGCCUUCCAUCACGAAACCAAAGAUCCAGUGGAGGACGGUAUCAUGAUAUCGGGCGAUGCUUCGAUCCUCAUCAUUGAAGGCAACUACCUCCUCCUGGAUGAGCCUGAGUGGCGCGAUAUUGCACGACUGGUUGACUACCGUGUAUUCGUUGACACAGAUCUGCAAGAAGCACGGGACCGUGUGGCGAAGCGUCAUGUCAGCGCGGGGAUAGAAAAAACGAUAGAAGAUGGGUAUCGUCGGGUGGAUAGUAACGACUAUUUGAAUGCGCUUACAAUCCGGGACAAGCUGAUCCAGCCUGAUAUGGUGGUACAUAGCAUCUCCGAGGUAUCAUCAUAG